AUGUGGUCGCGGAGACAGGUAUCAGUGCUUUGUCGCCUUCCUUUACUGUGGGGAAGACGGAAUCUGCUUUCGAAAGCAUUCUGGCUCGAAAAUGAAUGGUCAUCCCGACACUCAGAAUUAGCAAAAUUAGGACUAGGAGGAGAUUACGAAUGGAUUGGCGCUGUACAGAAGAAAUUCGUAGGAGGUGUGGCGAGUGCUAUUGAUGUGGACGCUGCUGUCUGUAUCGCCGAGCAGAAAGAUCAGAUUCUUGACAUACUAGAUUUGAUUUACAAGUUGCGGCACAGCGAAAAUGCUGCUGAUUUCUUAGCUUCCUCUGAAUACGCACUAAUUCGACUUCUGCUACGACAUGAUGCAUCUCUUCUGUUCAAACUUGCUCUUGAUACGAUCAACUACGGAGUAUUCAUGAACGAACAUGCGGCUUGCCUUGCGAUCGAUCAUUUCAUAGAAAAAGACAACAUUGGAGGUGCUGCACUACUCUCUAGUUGGAUUAUGCAACAAGAAAUGACAGAGAACGAGCUGUUGAACCUUCUUGUUUUAUACGCAUGCUCGAAGUGGGUUGAACUCCCUGUUGAGAAGCAGAUUAUGCCAUUUGAAGAAGCCGAAGAUGUAGAUGUAAACGAGGAUGAUGUGAAGACGUUCAAGUUUCCCUACCUCAAAAAUGCUCAAUUCGAUUCGCAUUUUGACCUCAAGGAUCCACAUCUGCUGGUCGGAAAAACUUUUCUGUGGGUCGCGCGAGAUUCGCGAUCUCUGCCUGAAACGCUGCGACAAUCACUUAAAUUGUUAGGGGCUGUCUUAUUCAACAGAUUUGAUCUCGCUUCUGAUCUAGCUUCUUCAUCCAUACACGGUGCAGUUGCCAAUAUUUUACGUAAGCAAUUUACAUCUGUUGGAGAAGAACACCCAACCAAACAUCAGCUGCAAGAUAUUCUGGCAAAGCUAGAUGGUUGUGAAUCUUCCGAAGAAUCAGUUAGUUCCGCUGUCUACGAUGUUCUCAAAAAUAAUCUUGAAAAAGAGGAGGAAGCAUUAGCUAAGCAGCAAUCUGCGGAUUUUACAAAGUGGAAUAGACGACGACAAGAACUAAUUAAAGCGCAGGCAGAUCGAGUUUUGUUGAAGGUCCGUGCUGAAGAAAUUAAAAAAGACUUAACGGAAAUGGAAAACCAAGCCGAAAAGCUCACUUUCUUCGAAAAUCGUCUGAAAUGGGAGAAGAGAGCUACCCAAAAUGCUGAGAUUGUUCAACAAGCUAUCAGUUAG